AAUAGCUUAAAAUAACAAACCCCGAUGGCAGUCGAUUAGAAUCGUGCAAUGAUUUUUAUUUCAUUUUAACCCCAUAAUGGAAGCACAACAUCUCGUCAAACUCGUGCCAAAACUUAACAUAGUUAACCUAUAAACUUUUUCCUGUGUUUCCUUCGUACUUUAUACCUUUUCCUUUUGAAAAACCAUCCGAACUACAAGACUUGACAACCUUUUGUUCACAGAUAUUACCCAUAACUCCGAUUGUCAGUAUCUUCCCAAAAUAUGGAACCCAUUUUCGGUUCAUUCAAACUUUCUUCUGCCUGUUUUCUGAAAACCAGUAGAACACGUUAACUUUUAUCGUAUUCAUAUUCCGUAAAUCUGAACGUGCUUCAAACCUGCAUACAACAAUAUAAGUCAUCCGCUCAGUGCCUUAAAAAUUCAUAAACCUUUUCCUUCACAUCUUUCACUGCUCUCCUAACAGUUCCAGAUUUGGUGUGGUGAAGUGUGGAUCGAUUGGUCGUAGAUUAUUUUUACCUUCGAUCAAGACUGUAUAAUUUUAUCUAAAAUGGCUGGAGAACAGCAACAGUUUUUCCUCAAAUGGAAUGAUUUCCAGUCGAAUAUGGUAUCAUCAUUUAAGAAUCUUAGGGAUGAAAAGAGCUUUACGGAUGUUACCCUUGCGUGCGAAGGACAGACUUGCAAAGCACAUAAAAUGGUCCUAUCCGCAUGUAGUCCAUACUUCAAGUCGCUGCUCGAGGAAAAUCCAUCGAAACAUCCAAUUAUAAUUCUCAAGGAUGUAGCAUACAGUCACCUUCAAGCAAUUCUGGAGUUCAUGUACGCAGGAGAAGUUAACGUAUCGCAAGACCAGCUCCCAGCAUUUCUGAAAACCGCAGAUCGACUCAAAGUCAAAGGCUUAGCCGAAGCUCCUGGCGCCAUCAAGAGGGAGGGUUAAAUGUUUUGGAAAUAGUUACAGUGUUUUCGGAAACGUGCAGACUGAAAAAAUUGUAAUGUUGUAAAGUGAUUUCACAAGCACAUACACUAGCGCUAAAUAGUGUAUCUGGUUCAUGACUGUUAUCAACUUGACUUGUAAAUUAAAAUUUUAUAAUUUUUUUUUUUUUAAUUGCAUUUACCUAGACAAUUUAUUAUGAAGUACAAGUUGCAUCAAUGAUCGAAGUUGAUCAGCCUUGAACCAGUGUGCUGCAGACUACCAAACUGGUUAUUUUUUUAAAAUCGGAGUGCUACAGAGAUACAAAUAAACAAGAGAAUCACGGAUAGUUUAAUAUAUUGUCGUACGCGGCUGGUUUGCAGAUUCAUUGAAACUUGAGAUACCUAUAAUUCGCAUUCAAUUCCGGUAAAUUAUCUUGGAACUUGAAGUAGAAAGGCUGAUGACCAGAUGAAUUGAAUCAAGGUUGAUGAAAUAAAUACUGCACAAAUUGCGACUCAAUUUUCCAUCCAGGUAUUUAUCGCAAUUUCCGAAACAUUCAAAGAACCUGGAAAAUGAGAUUAAUGUCGAUAAAUUUGCAAAAGAGCCGGAUACCUUAUAGCAGAGUAUAACCCCAAGUUUACUGUGAGAAGCGUUAUUGAGUUGCUUACUUUUUCACGAUAAAACACAGCUUAAACUUUCACUAUUCAGUAAAAAUUUGGUCUUUCGGCACAUUCAGCAAUCGCUGAGCAAAGUAGGCAAUCCGAAGCAAUUUCGCUACUCUGGUAAUCCUGGUACCACUCAACCAAAUGCUGCCAGUAUUCUUGUGGCGUUUUCACACUAUUACCGAUAGAACCAAACUUAUUUAUGAUAAUAAUAUAUUGUGGAAUGGUUUUCCAAGAACUGAAAGAAGUUGACUGUAACAUACACACACACAUUUUUUUACAAGCAAAAAGCAGAGUAGUCGUUUCCGAUCGCAUGGUUACCUAAUUACAAUCCGGACGAAUUGAAAACUUUGUAAAUUAUCCGAGGUACGAUGCAUCGACUGUUCUGAUCAUGUUUUUUCAGGUACGACCGUAAAUAGCAUUAUACAUAUAUAGUUGAAAUAACUUAUUUACAACAAUAGCGUAAUACUUUUAGACUGUUCAAAAGUGUUGAAAUAAUAUUUUUAAACUUCUUUUUAUCCGCCGAAUUCUUAGGAAACGAAAUGACAAUGUGAAAUGAUUCUGUUUCGGUUUCAAGAGAGCCAAAACCUUAAACUUACGUACGCUUGGUUUUAUAACGGGUAGUUGUAUGACAUGAAAAUUCUUUCAUAUUUAAUCUUACGAACUCGAUAUCAGUUAUUAAGGCAUCUUGAGUUCGAUUGUUCCCCUACUACCAUUUCCUAACAAUUUGCUGAGGCACUGGAUUAUUUAAAACUGACUAUCGGGAUCUGUAGAGUGAUUUUGCUGUAAUCAUGUAAUUUUUUCUGGAUUUCACUACAUUGAAUUUAAUCGUGAAGCAAAAAUUUGAGAAUAUCGUAAUAUAAGGUUUUGACGGUUGUUAAGAGUAAGCAAUUCUUUCAAAAGACACAUGGCUGUAGGAAGUUAUUGUUCAAUUUUUCGUUACGAGUUCAAAGUUUGUGCUCGAACAGCUAUCUCAAUCACCAAUAGACAACUGGUGAAUCCCUCUCCAUGCAUACGAACCAUUAUAUGCCGUUCUUCGAGAAACUCGGACGCUAUCUAUUUUGUUAGAUACUUACGGAUUGCAUACAUUAAUUUAAGUUAUUAUAAAUGAACAUUCAUUUAGUUCCUACUUCCUACAGAUACUGGGCAUUUGGUGGUUGAACGUUGAUUGAACGAGCAAACAUGAUAAUGAUAAUUAUAGUAUAAUCAUUAGCGAUGAAAACGAUUUUAUACAAUAGAUCAUUUUUAACAAAGAACAUUAUGUGGUAAAAGUUUUCAUGAUUCUUGUCCAAUGUCUAAAUACCAACAAACUUACUUUCUUUCUAUUUUCUUUUCUGUUACUCUGUUAUUAUAAUUUUUUUUUUUUUUUUACCAUAAUUUUGAAAUCCAGAAAUUUAAAACGACCAAUUUAACAGUUGACUUGGGAGGUGGUUAGUUAUUAAGAUUAAGAUAAAAUUCAACGAUCAAUUAACUUUUUUUUACUCUUGCAUAAGUUUGCACUCUGUGUUUGAUCUGUUUCCUCCCCUUGAGUCCCUUUUCCCCUUAUUCUAGCGUUACUUUUGCCGUCUUCGUGACUCGAUGAGUAUGAUUAUAAUAUGAUGUUGAGAUAUAAAAUAAAUCGUGUAAAUAUA